AUGUCACUCAUUAACGACCAUGUCAAUGAGCCUAUUAACAUCUCUAACCAAAAGUCUUCAGAAGAUAACUCUUCACCGGAGGCUUGAGGGUUAGACUUAGACAGAGGAGCUUCAGCUUCAAGCAGUAGCAUCAAUCAUCAUCAACUGAAUCAAGGGUUAGUGUUUCACCCUUCAGAUGAAACCAGGACAUCAGUCUUUAGCUUCGACCAUCACCGAAGCUUUGUCCUUCCCGCGAACAGCGAUAGUGCUUUAUCGGUCUUGGACAGGAACAUGAGCUACAGCUAUACAGGUUGGACUGAGCAAAUGGAUAGUAUUAGCCCUAGAGUCAUUAAAAGUUCGAAUUGCUUUGCAACAAUGAGAAGCUUCGAAUUGACUUCAAAUCCUGCGAGUAAACCGGCUACAAAUCAUAGCGAUGGAGACUGGUUAUAUUCGGAUUCAACCAUUGUAAAAACUGGUUCAAUACUAGAGUCUUUAUCCCCUAAACCAGCUGGCAAUAAGCGUCCUUCCAUUGGAGAGAACACUCAAGUUUCAAAGAAGGCAAAGACUAAGACAACAAAUUCACCUAAAGAUCCACAAAGCCAAGCAGCCAAGAAUCGAAGAGAAAGGAUAAGCGAACGUCUCAAAGUAUUGCAAGAACUUGUACCAAAUGGUACCAAGGUUGAUUUGGUGACAAUGCUUGAGAAAGCAAUUGGCUAUGUCAAGUUUCUCCAACUACAAGUUAACGUAGUUGCAGCCGAUGAGUUUUGGCCGACACAAGGAAGAAAAGCUCCGGACAUAUCUCAAGUUAAAGAAGCUAUUGACGCAAUCCUCUCACAACAAGAUAUGAACUCUAACUAG